AUGCCGCACGACAUCCCCCUGCCUCCUACUCUCCACUGGUGGCCCCUCCCCACGCCGCUCACCCCCGCGGCCCUUGCCGCCGCCCUGCCCAGAACCCCGCCCACGCCCGUACCCUGCCGGCGUUGUCUCCGCGAUAUUGCACCUGGCGACCGCGCCCUGCUGCUUUCCUACGAUCCCUUUCCUACCGCCAGCGAUGGCAGUCCGUAUCGCGGACCCACCGCCAUAUUCGUGCACGAUCUGGCAUCAAAGGACAACACGUGCGAGUUGGCCGACGUAAAGAGAGAUUUCGGUGGGUGCGUGCCGGAGCAGCAGGUGGCGAGGUUGAUGGCGGUCAGGGCGUUUGACAAGGGGGGUAUGCUGAGAGAGGCUGAGGUUGCCGAGGGUAAGGACCUGGUCAUGGCUUGCGAGAGGUUGUUGUCAGAGGGGCAGGAAGCAGAUGAGAGGGUCGAGUAUUUGCAUUUGCAUUACGCGGCGCACGGCUGCUUUGCGGUGAGGGUCGACAGAGGGUGA